AUGCCCUCGUUUUCACACUCCUCCCGCGCCGCGCCCAUGAUCGUCGCGUCCGUAUCGCUCAAGCCCGUCGCGACCGCACGCGUCUCCGCGGGUAAACUGCGCGCGCGCCCCUCCAGCCAAGGGCGGGGCGCCGCGCGGAGGCCGGGAGGCUUCUCAGCGGAGCACGAAGCCAGGUUAUCGUCGGAGAACCCAACCGGAGGUAACACCUCCAUGGACGAGGCAUCCGUCGUUGACCCGUACGGCCACGUCGCCGACGUUAUGUCAAGUCCGGCGCGCACGCUCACCACGGGUCUGCCUCUGGAGGACGCCAUCGUCGCGACAACCAUGGAGCGCUACCAGACAGGGGCGUGCUGCGGCGUGUUAUCCAGAACGGACCUCGACAGGGUCAAAAGCCUCGGCGGAUACACCGUGGAGGACGUGAUGUCGAGCCCGCCGCGCACCUGCAAGCAGCGCGCGACGGUGGCCUCCGUCGCCGGCAUGAUGCUGAAGCACAAGAUCCACCGCAUCCCCGUCGUUAACGACCGCGACGUGCCCAUCGGCAUCGUGACGAGGACCGACAUCUUCGAGCCCCUCCUCGCCAAGUCCCAGGACCUCCUCGUCAACCAGGAGACACGCAGGUGA